AUGGCCGCCGCAAAACAAGUUAUCCGCCGGGCCCAACUAUACGUCCCCGGCUCAUCAAUGAGAUUCCUCGAAAAGUCCCGUUCAAUCCAAGCAAUAGAUUCCCUCUGCUACGAUCUCGAAGACUCAGUAACACCCAGCAAGAAACCCGAAGGUCGCAAGAAUGUCCUCGAAAUCCUCAACCGUGACAGAGUCUCCGGCAUCCGAGAACAAGCAGUCCGCAUAAACGCCGUAGACUCCGGCUAUGCCCUCUCAGACCUAACCACAAUCCUCCAAGGAAAACACCUAGACUGCAUCGUAGUCCCCAAAGUCGACGCGCCCAAAGACCUCCACUUCGUCACCGACGUCCUACGACAACUUCUCCCAGAAAGGCAUGCCGAAGGCUCCACCAAUCCCAUCAAAAUCGUCGCGUUGGUGGAAAGUGCACGCUCCGUCAUGGAUUUGAACGCGAUUUGUAAAGCUUCUCCAUAUCUCUCCGGCUUGACGUUCGCGGCCGAGGACUUUGCUAUGGAUCUCUCGUUGACGAGGACGCCGAGUUUGCAUGAGUUCAUGUAUGCGAGAUCUGCGAUUGUGACGGCUGCGAGGGCGCAUAAUUUGCCUAGUGCGUUGGAUCUUGUGAGUACGACGUUUAGAGGGGAGGAAGGCAAGCAGCAAUUGAGAGAGGAGAGUGAGAAUGGGAAGAGAUUUGGGUUUAAUGGGAAACAGUGUAUUCAUCCUGAUCAGGUGGGAGUUGUGCAGGAGGUGUACUCGCCUUCGGAGAAGGAGGCGGAGUGGGCUGUGAGAGUCGUGCUUUGCGAUCAGAAAGCUGAUGAACAGGGACGCGGAGCAUGGACUUUGGAUGGGAAGAUGAUUGAUGUUCCUGUGGUGGGCAAGGCGAAGGCUAUUGUGGCCAAGGCGGAGGUUUGUGGGAUCGAUGUCAGUGCUUUGAAGGAGAAGUACAAGGACGAGGAGCCGCAGUAG